AUGCUGACUCUCUCAAGAGUCACUGCGCGUGCCAGCAGCACGACACACGGGCAGCAGCAGAGACUGUUUGCCAGUGUCUCCAAGGCGCCCAUCUUCGCCUCGAACCCUCAUGUUCUUGAAGAUCUAGAGGUGGUUCGGAAUGGUGACAAGCAAGGUAUCGAAGCUCUCCCACCGUUUGUGGUCAGUCGAGAGCGUGGAUUCCUCCCUAGGCAGGACCCGAUGGUCAAUUUGCCCCCUCAAUUCAAGAACCUGGACUCGUUGCUUGACCGAAUGACCAUUCAUCAGCCUGCCAAGUCCUCUGACCCGAAUGCAGAGCGAGCUCCUGGUCUCCUUGCCCUGGGCCAAUUCGGAGAUGCCGUCGAAUCGGAACUCAAGGUCGAUGGACCUGAGAUGAAAGCUGUCAAAGAUCUUCUCGCGGAUCCUCAGGGUCGCAACCACCUAAUCGCCGCCCUCUUCCGAGACUACUGUUUCGCCGUCUCUAGCUACUUGCUUGAACCUACCGAUCAGGCUUAUCGAAAGACUGGAAAAUACGUUCCUGGACGCAAGGUUCUCCCUGCUCAAUUGGCAGUUCCCAUCACUCAACUCGCUGAGAACCUUGGUCACUUCCCAUUCAUGGAAUACGCAUCCUCCUACGCUCUCCAGAACUGGAAAGUCAAAGACCCUAAUUUCAAAGGACCAGCCGGUCGAUUGUCUUUUGACAAUCUCGAACUCAUCCGCGCAUUCGAAGAUGCUCAGGGUUCCGAACGAGGGUUCAUCCUUGUUCACGUGGAAAUGGUGGCCUUUACCAAUAUUCUCAUUUCUGCCACCGAGGAUGCUCUCGCUGCCAUUCAUGCCGAUGAUGUCAAGGGCUUUGAGAACGCCUUUGAACGCCUUUUGGGAGGAUACCAAAAGAUCAACCGAUCUAUGGACACCAUGUGGGGCCGAUCGAAGAAUGGCGAUUAUAUGAAGUUCCGAACCUUCAUUUAUGGAACUGCGCCAAAGAAAGGAAACCCAAUGUUCCCUGAGGGUGUCGUCUACGAAGGCGUCAGUGAAGAGCCCCAAUGGUACCGCGGUGAAAGUGGUGCCAACGACAACAUUAUUCCCCUUAAUGACAACUUGCUCGAGAUUGUCAAAAACUUCCCCAAGAACCCUUUGACAGAGCAACUCAGAGAGUUCCGAAAGUACCGACCUGCAAGCCAGCGAGACUACGUCAACACCCUUGAAUUCCGAGCUCAGGACGCAGGUGUUCGAGACUUUGCCAUGCGUAAGAUUGACAGGUUGACAGCUCUGUACAUUCUCCUCGUUGAGCAGAACAGAGAGUUCCGAAACCGACACUGGAACUUCACAAAGGAAUACAUCAUUAAGCACACCAAAUUUCCUCUGGCCACUGGAGGAUCUCCCAUUAUCAAGUACCUUCCUCACAACCUCGACGUCGUUCUGCGAACGCUCGAAGAAUCCUACGCCGACUUCACACCCAUGGACACUGCCGAGCUCGUAACGCGACACGGGUUUGCCGGCGAAAUCCUCGCUAAGCAGGUCGAAGAAGCUGGUGUGAGAGCUCAAGCCCAACGCCGUGUCCUCGAUCGAGAAGUCAAAGAGCUCUCAGAAGCAAGGGAUGGAGGCGAUAAUGGCAUGGCACAGCAGUACGAUACGACUGCAGUGGACAAAGUCUUCCAAGAUGUCAAGAAACCUCCUCAGAGAGGAUGGGUUGGAAAUGACGGUGUCGGAUAA